GUCAUUCUCGUCCUUUGCAUAUUCGUACCAGAUGACCUGCGGAACCCAGUCAGCUUCUGGACACGUUCUAUCUCCAGUAAGUCCAGACUGCUAGUCCUAUAGAUAAGCUCACAUAAACCUCCAGAAUUCCCCGAUUUCAGUCAUUAUGAUAAUUUCACGCAAACGCUAUCUAAUGUAGAGUUCCCGACUAGUGAGUCGGUGACUUUUUCUCUAUAUCGAACACGAGCGCCGAUCUUCGAUGAAUGUUAGAUGAUAAAGAUAGGAGAAUUAUUGUGAUAGGCGACAUACAUGGCAUGAAUGCAUCUUUGACCACUUUACUAAACAAAAUAUCCUAUGACACACGGAGGGAUAUUUUGAUACACCUCGGCGACCUCGUGACUAAGGCACCUGUUGAAGAUUCACUAGCAGUUUUAUCGUUCAUGGAGAGCAAUCAGAUUCUGGGGGUUCGCGGAAAUAACGACCAGGAAGUCCUUGAAUGGCGCGCUUGGAUGGACUGGAUUGUUUCUCAACCUGGAGGCAGAGAGUGGCUGAGAGAAGUUGACGAACAUUGGUCUGAUUAUGAAACCGCACUAGAGAAAGCCGACACGUCUUCGUCCGACUCGCGGCCUUCCUUAAUGAAGAAGCCUGACUGGGGAAGCAAGGUUCCUAAUGGUUGGAAGCCUUUAGGGGACCACUACAAGGUUGCGCGAGCGAUGUCUCGCGAGCACUACGAUUACUUGUGUUCUCUCCCUCUCGUCCUUUACGCACCGGCGGGCCAUAUGUUCUUCGUUCAUGCUGGCUUACUCGCAGCCGACCCAAAUCGAAAACCCACUCAUCCUAAGCAACCGCUGUCGCACUGGCCAUACACAAGAAAGCGCAAGCAUGACAUACAUGCUAUCCGGAAGGCACAGGAACUCGCGUUGCUUUCAGAGAUCCCGCAGAACCGAGAUCCCUGGGUCGUUCAGAAUAUCAGGAGCGUGCGGAAGAAUGGUAAGGUCACACGCAGCAGCAAUAAGGGGACCCCGUUCUCCGACCUCUGGAAUGAGAUCAUGGGCCAGUGCUCUAGUUUUUAUGCUUCCAAUGCUCAGCUCGAGUCUGUUUCACGGCUCACAGGCUACCAGGAGAGUCAACUCGCUCGUCUCCCUUGUUAUCCGUCGACUGUCGUGUAUGGCCACUCAGCAGGUCGUGGUCUGGAUGUCAAGAGGUGGUCCGUCGGAUUAGAUACCGGCUGCAGUUACGGUCGAAGGACUUUCAGCGCUAGUCCUUGGCGCAAGGUCUUUCUCCCCAGGUGCUUUAGAGGAACUCACGCUCGACUUUCUUCCCCGAAGCCGAGCCUCGAAUCAAGUUUGACCAGGCAGGAGAAGUCUCCAUAGUCAGCGUCAAGUGUCAUUGACACGCUUCAUUCACAUUUGCUAUCGUUUCUCGCGUAUUCGCCGGCGCGGGUACAGUGUCACCUACAUUUUUUCUUAUUGCUCGCAUAUAUUAUCUUGGCAUAUUCAGGCCUCACAAACCGCACUUGUAUUUUCAUCAAAUCGCAAUACUAUUGUAAUCUCCUUCCAUACCAUGCAACGUACUACAGCAUGUACUGGACAGGUCAAUCUUGUUUUCAAUCAAUUAUACGAAACAUACAUAAUACAGACAUCGUUCGAUAUUCAGGCUUGAUUUAGGCAAUGAAAAGGAGAUUCAUGUCCAAUAAGGGGAGUGAGGUUGAAGAGAAUGAGGAGCGCGCAUAAAAACAUACUGACCAUCGGGGU